AUCCAUACAUAUAUAGAGAGAGAUGGAACCGAGGGAGAGAGAUCUGGAGCGAUUGAUCCCGAUGCAUAAAUCCGGAGCUUCACCUCGCGACGUCGUUUUGUCUGUUCCGCCGUCUCCUCUCGCUUCUCCGAUCCACGUUGCCGGAAGAGAGGCGAUUUACAAAGUCAUCAGAAGCUGGGCCUCCAAAAAGUUCAUGACCGGAUGUGUCAUUCUCUUACCAAUUGCUGUCACAUUCUACUUCACAUGGUGGUUUAUUCAUUUCGUGGACGGGUUCUUCUCCCCAAUCUAUACCCAUCUCGGAAUCAAUAUGUUCGGUCUUGGAUUUGUGACAUCCAUCACAUUCAUCUUUCUGGUUGGUGUAUUCAUGUCUUCAUGGCUUGGAGCUUCAGUUCUCAGUAUUGGAGAAUGGUUUAUCAAGAAGAUGCCUCUCAUCAGUUACAUCUACUCAGCUUCUAAGCAAAUCAGCGGAGCAAUCUCACCAGAUCAAAGCUCAGGUGCAUUCAAGGAGGUAGCCAUUAUCAGACAUCCUCAUAUGGGAGAAUAUGCUUUUGGUUUCAUUACAUCGACUGUGAUACUUCGAGGUCGUGCUGGUGGAGAAGAACUAUGUUGUGUCCUUUGA